AAAAAAAAAAAAAAAAAGAACAACCCUCUUCUGGACCCAAGCGAGAACAAGAAGAAUGAGACAGCAGCCUUGACCCCUACACUGAGAGGAAGGUGAGCAGAAAGAAAGAAAGAAAAUAGAGAAAAGCCAUGCAAGCACCAAACCUGUAGAUUACUGCAGCUCUUUCUUGCUCCACUGAGGACAGAUAUUUUACUGACAGCCAUGCAGCAUAAAGGCAUCGUGCUGAUUGUGUUCUUGGAAUAUUUUAUUUCUGGCCAUGGGGAAGCAGAUCCCAUGAAGCUACAAGCUUUCCGUUGUAAUGGUCGCUCUUGCAACCCUCCAGUGGGAAACCUUGCAACAGGGAGGACCCCAGUCACUCUCACCACGUGUGGCCAGAACAGCACUGAGCUGUACUGCUUCUAUCCAGACCAGAAUCUCCUCCAUCAGGUCUCACACGGCUGUGGGCAGCCUCGCUGCACCAAAUGCAAUGCCAACCAGCCUGAUAACUCCCAUCUCCCAGCUGACAUGACAGACGAUUUCUUUGCAAACCCCAUCUCCUGGUGGCAGUCUGCCCAGGGGGUACACAGGGAAGAAAUCAGACUGGACUUCGAAACAGAAUUCUACCUGACCCAUGUCAUUGCUGUGUUCAAGUCACCUCGCCCAGCUGCGAUGGUGUUGGAAAGAUCCCAGGACUAUGGGCAGACUUGGAGGCCCUACAAGUAUUUCUCUAUCAACUGUACAGCAACUUUUGGGCUCCAGGAUGAUCUCAUUGAGGAGGGCUCCAUGUGCACUUCCAGGUAUUCAGAUGCAGUGCCCUGCACCAGAGGAGAGGUGAUUUAUCGUGCCUUAAGUCCAGCUAAUAAGAUUGAAGACCCCUAUAGUCCUGAGGCUCAAGAUCUCCUGAAACUCACCAACCUCCGCCUCCUUUUGUUAAAAAGGCAGGAAUGUCCAUGCCAUGGUUCAGGAUUGGUAGAAAAACCUCAGAGAUUUGCUCACUAUGCUAUUUAUGACCUGAUCGUUCGGGGAAGCUGCUUUUGCAAUGGGCAUGCAGAGGAAUGUGAGCUUGCCAACAGGACAGGAGUCAUGGAGAACGUGGUCCAUGGAAAGUGUGUGUGUAGGCACAACACAGCAGGGGACCACUGUGAGAAAUGUGCACCACUAUAUAAUGAUCAGCCCUGGAAGCCCGGAGAUGGAAAAACAGGGGCACCAAAUGAAUGCAGAAAGUGUCGCUGUCACAACCACGCCGACAGCUGCCACUUUGACCUGAGUGUUUGGCUGGCAUCGGGAAAGCGCAGCGGUGGGGUCUGCGACAACUGCAAGCACAACACAGAGGGACAUCGGUGUCAAAGGUGCAAACCAGGGUACUACCGAGACAGAGGGAAACCCAUGUCUUCUACAGAGGUCUGCAAACCUUGCGCCUGCCAGCCAAUGGGUUCAGCCAACGCAACGUUCAGCAGAAGCUGGCGAUGCCACCCCAGGACAGGAUUCUGCUACUGCAAACCAGGUGUGGCAGGGCCCAGCUGCGACAGAUGUCUCAUGGGCUACUGGGGCUUUGGAGAAAAUGGCUGUCGCCCUUGUGACUGUGCCAGAGACUGCGACCAGCGUACUGGAAACUGCUUCAACGGCUAUGACAACGAGCCAUUCUUUAACAUCCCUAUCGGGGGACGAAUCCCUGACCUUGAGCAAAUGCCAACCAACGAGAGCGAAGAGGAGUGGAAAUGGAAUGACCACGAGCAGGGAUUUUCUGCACUGAGGCACCCAGAAAAGUGUGUGUGCAAAGAAAAGGUGCUUGGGAGUGUCACUGACUUCUGCCAAAUGAAAUACGCUUAUGUGAUAAAAGCAAGAAUAUUAUCAGCUCAUGACAAAGGGACCCAUGCAGAAGUUGUUGUGAAAGUGAAGAAAGUCCUGAAAUCAGGAAAAGUGAAAAUUUCUCGGAGCAACAGAAGCAUUUACCCAGAAUCCUGGACCAACAGGGGAUGUACAUGUCCCAUUCUCAAUCCUGGUACCGACUACCUUAUAGCAGGCCAGGAGGACUCUAGGACCGGCAAACUCCUUGUGAACAUGAACAGCCUCGUCAAACCCUGGAAAGCACAUCUGGGAAAACAAGUAUCAGAUAUUCUUCGAACUGGGUGCAAAUAAUUUCUGCUCCAGAAGUUACAGUGCUGGACUUUGCCUUUUAGGAACACUGCAGUGAAAGGUGUAGUUAGUUCACGCGUUCCCAUUCAACAAGCUCCUAGCAGAAGUGAUGAAAGCAGAGUUACCAUCCUGUCUCCUUUCAUGUGCUUAGACAGGAAACUCGAGACACAAUUACUUUUUUUCAAGAAGUGCACAGCCUUAUCAUACAAAAUUAACUAGCGUGGCAUACAUAGGUUGCAAGUCAGUUCUUCGUUUGAGCCUGUUUCCACACAGCCAGAGAAUCAUUUUACAAGGCAAAACUAAAGAUACGGAUUAGUGUUUCCAUACUUCAGGUCAGAGCCUGAGAGUAAUAUGUAUAAGCUGCUUACAUAAUGCAUUCAUUACCUGGGUGUAGUUCUCUUUAGAAGUGACCACUAACAGGCAGCAAUUUAUUUCAGCUUUACAAGUGGCAUAAUACUACAGAAGCAUGUCAAAUAAUACUUAUUUAAAAGAGCUCAGAUUGAUUUAACAUCAGACUGCAAUUACGCCAGUAUAACAGGCUGCUUUCUAGAAGGCACUAUUAUCCCACUGCUGAACAGGAACAAACUAACCUGUCACUUAUCCUGGGACAAGGCCCUUUAUGGACGUACAUUGCUCUCAUCAGUGCUUAGCGCUGCAGUCUGCUGCAGAAAGCACCACAACUAAAACUCGAUUCCAACAUCUGUUCUCAAAGGUCAUUUUGCUCUUUGCUGUAGUAUUUAGUCUGUAACACCACAAAGGUUUCACAGCGACGACCGCUAAAAAAGCCUUAAGCCAGUAAAGAGCCAAGACACGUGAGGAACUAGUAACUGCUGCAGUUGAGACUGUAACACUACAAAAGCUACAAGGCAGAAGCAGGAGGUAAAUGACAUGGCUGGACUGUGUAUUAAAUGAAGUAGCUAUAGUUACUGUGAGUGGAACCUGGCUAUUCAGACUGUGCUCGAGACCACUGGUAUUUGAUUGCACUUAGCACUUUCGUUCUGCUUUAUCUCCUCUUGGUCACACUUCAGGUUAGGACACUGAAGCUCGGCUUCUUUACCAUUGUGAUGGGGGUUAUUUUUCCCUCCACAGAAGUAUAGGAGUGGUAACAUUCACACUCUAGGUAAAAAUAGUUCUGUUCUACAAAAGCAUUCUUUCUAAAUCAGUUUUACCCUACCCUGUAGUAAUUAAGGGGUAGCUACUUAAGUCAUUCCCUAACACAGUAUUUUGAGGAAAUCAUAGUUAAAGACCUGCGUCCCCUGUUUAAGGACUCACAAUCAAAUGAAGCUGGUUGGAGCACAUUAUCUCAUCAAGUAAAGCAGAAAUUAUAAUGAGUCAGUCUAUUCUUUCAGGGGGUUACAAAGAAGCAGCAUGUUCACAUGCUACUUUUGCAUCUUUCUAUUCCAUGUCUGUAAUUUUUUCAUGCUCUCAGGAAAAAGGAGAUAUCUUCAUUUAGCACUGUCUGACUGGCACACGGGGUAUCUAGAAAAACCUAAUACUGAUGCAGACGGAUGGAAGCCCUGUCUGUAGCUUAGGCCAUCAAUUUGUUCUCUUUAUCACUGGGAAUCUGAAAAACCAGCUUCUUUCAUUCCACGUGUUGCUGUUUUCCUUUUAGUUUCAUAUUGGUUGAACAGAAAAAGCCUCAGCUCAUUGGGAAAUGGCUAACAGGCAGAUAUUUACAAAACAGAAGCUCCACUUUUCUCCCAGCAGUGCAUAAACAGUAUUUAUUCCUCCCUCCUUUUCAGAGUCUCCCCUCCUCCAAUGCUAGUGCUUUCCCUCUUUCAUUUCAUUAUUUAUUUGUUGUUACCUAAAGUGGUAUCCAACAAUGUGGCACCUCCAACAAGCCAUUUAAUUAAUGCAAUAAAAUACUUUUAAACCAAGAAAUUUGGCUUAAUUUGAAAUGUCAGCUGACUGAAAUUAAGAGCAUAGCAACUGCUUUAUUUACUGUCUCUAGAAAUCAUCUCACAACAAAAAGAUUGACUAGUUCUCUUUCAAAUAUCAAUACAGAUGUGUAAGUGAAUUUACAGUCUGUUCUCAAAGAGCCUCUCAGAAUAAAUGAAAAUCAAGUGUAGAUUUAGAGCUAAACUAAGGCACACGCUUUUCGACACAGAGCAUUUUACCUGCAGGGGAUCUUAUUUAAUGAUGAUCAUACUCCACUUUGGUUUAUAGCCAGUAUCACAUUAAAGCAAACUCCCAUAUUCCACUUUUUCUGCCAGACCAGUGAUUUUGUGAGGAGGGUAAACAUCUGCAUAGUUCCCUUCUGUGGGUGAAAGUUAUUUUUUAACAUGGUCAUCUACAAGCAUUUCUAGCUACUGCCAGUAGAAUAUUAUUUGGAACAAGAAUAUUGAUACCCUGGUGUGUUCUCCCAGGGCCUGCUGUAAUUCAGCGAUUAAUGACUACCAAACGCAUACACUGAUGUAUGCAAACAAGAUAUCUGAAAUAUGUGAUAUAUUGAUGACUAUCUCAAAAAUAGGUGACACACACACUUUUGAGAAAAGCAUAUUUGGGGGAACCCAAAAAUAUUCAGUUAAUUUCUUCGCCUCCUUCUAAUUUCCCAUUCUUUUCAGAUCUCUAAUUUACUUGCAAGUACCAGUAUAGCUGAGUCGACUUCAUUCCCUCUGUUAGUUGGAAACACCGCACAUUUAGUUCCAACUACUAGCUCUUGUUUAAUGGUUUUGCUCUAUAGAGUAGCAGAUAUUCCAUAAGUGUGGGAUUUAAUUGAAAGUGAAAAGAGCACAUCAGGGUGAGUCAACACGGCAAGUUGACUUUUUAUUGGUAUCACUACUUCUGUUAAUCAGGUAUCUCUUGAGUUCACAGAGGAAAAACAUAAAAGAAUAAAGUUCUAACUCACACUGAGCUACCAUGUGCAAUCUCUUUGUUCUGCAGCGCUGCAACCCAGGUAGCCUCUCUGAAAAUAAGUAUCUAAGGAGAAGUGAACUGCAUAGAUGAAGUUACAACAGCUACUGAUUAAAGAAGAGAUGAGAAAGUUUAAAUUGAUCACCAUGUGACUUUGGAAAGGGAAAGAGUUAUUUAACUACCACAGAAGGUAUUCCUGUACCAAAAAAAGGAUUGUUUAGUAGGCCUGUGUACAAUACCACAUACCUUGUGAUCCUCUCUGUGACUGCGUGUCUUCGGUGGCACAGUAAUACAAAUAUUAACAGGGAAAAAAGGAUGCAAUUGCCCUAUACAGAAGUGGCUGGACAUGUCAUCUAACAUGGGAUCUGUCCUUAAAAUGGCCACAUGAACAGCCCUGCAGCACCCAAAUAGACAAGGCAUCUCAUAAGCAGUAGCAACCACAUAGCAAACAGUAGCAAUGACAUAUCACUUGGAAAUCCUACAUAAAGAUGAAAUAAAAGCCUUUACUCAGAAGAAAAGAAGUCUGGAAAGCUGUGGAAAAUUUGUAAUAAGGCAGGUGAUAGCUUGAAGCAAAAGAAGAUGCAACUUUCCACAGAUAGCAGCAAACUCAGGAUGCUGGAGGUCACAGCAGCUCUCUCACAGCUGUAGGUGUAUCCAGGAAUACAUGGUCAUUCUGGCAAUGCGAACCCUUAAAGCAUCAAACUAGUUCAUUAAAUGGCCAUUGUGAAUGCUGAGCCCUAACUGCAAUGUACCAACUAACACUUCUCCAGCUUCUGCUCUUAGCAGGCAGCUAAGAAGGAAAAUGUACCCGUGCACAACCUUUGUACAUGGCUCUUCUGAGAGGCUCACUGCUAUAAAGAACGUUUUCUCUGUAGCAUUUACCAUGUCUCAUAAUUUUUCCGUGCACCUUGAUGCAAGCUUUCUUUGAACUGAUAACAUUCACAUGAUGUGCUCCCUCAAGUCUCCAAAACCUGGAAAAGUUACUGUGUUAUUUGUUAUGUGUUGUAGCACUUUUUUUUUUGUACUUAAAACUUCAAUUAAAAAUACUCAGACAUUUAUAUUGA